AUGACCUACCCGCUCACCCACCUAAUCAUCGUCUGUUGUCACGCCAUAUACAAGGGUGGUCCAACCCACGGCCUCUCCGAGGACGAAUGGGAAAUCGAACCCUUCCAGAAAGGCGAAACGCCCACGUUCACCGCACACGUCAAGGCGGGCCUCUGUCUCGCAGCCCAGGAUCCGGACAGCCUGCUUGUGUUCUCGGGGGGCCCUACGAAACCGACCCGCACGCCUCUAGCGGAAGGGGAAUCAUAUCUUAACCUGGCCCGCGCCAACAACUACUUCCAAUUCGCCCCAGCUAUCGACCCGACUCGGCUCGUCGCCGAGAACCGCGCCACCGACUCCUACCAGAAUGUCCUGUUCUCACUGCUCCGGUUCCGGGCGGUGGCUGGCAGGUAUCCGACGCGGGUGACGGUGGUGACGCAUGCGUUCAAGCGGGCGCGGUUCGCGGAGGUGCACUUUCCGGCUGUCGGGCUGGGAGGGUCCGAGUCGAGGGUCGAGGUCGAGGUCGUGGGCAUCAAUCCGCCGGAGGUGGUGACGCCGUUACGGGAGUUGGUAGCGGGGGAGGAGGAGAGGGGGAUUGGGGUGUGGAGGGGGGAUAGGUAUGGGGUUGGGCGGGUGUUAGGGGGGAAGAGGGCGGCGAGGGGGUGGACGGUGGGUAUGGAGGAGGGGGUUCUGAGGGAUGUCGAUGGGUUGGAGGGGGUGGUCGAGGCGUUGGUUCGGUGGAAGGGAGGGAGGAGUGGGAAUGAGUGGUUCGACGGGUUGGAGGAAUUGCCUUGGUACGUUUAG